AUGUCUGCCGGUGAUGUCGCAAAUUUCGACAAGCAAGCUUGUGAUCAAGCCAACGAAUUUCUACAACUUUAUUACGAGGUGAUCGACCGACGGCGCGAACGCCUGGGAUUUAUGUAUCGGGAUGAUUCGACGAUCGUUUGGAAUGGCAACCCUACAAAUGGAGUCGACGCGAUAGGAAAAUUUUUGACGGCCCUCCCUGAAACACAACACACCGUCCAAUCUAUGGAUGUGCAACGGCUGUCACCUGUUGCCGUUCGAGGCUAUGGAAGUGAGGCGCUGACAGCGCUAGUUGCCGGCAUAGUCGACGUGGGCGGCAUGGAGCACGGCUUCACCCAAUCAAUGAUCCUCGUUAUUGAUGAUGAUUCCAAGAAACCAAAGAUCCUAUCCGACCGAUUCCGGUACGUCGAU